CUAUGAGACGCAGCUAUCUCAUCUCAUACGUAUUAGUCUUGAUAUAUUAUGAUGUCCGUAUUGUCAUAAUAUUCGACUAAGGAUAUUUUAGACAUAGCCUCUAUCUUUAUAACAGCCUCAUAAUUAGAAAUUAUGUAAUCAAUAGAAAUUAAACAGAAACUGCCUGGGCCUUAUUAGAUUCUCGGGGAGAUCGCUUCACUAAAUGAUUCAAGUUAUUGGUGCCACUUGGGUUGGACAGAGUGCAACAAAAAGGUCAUUCCGGAUGGUGAUAAGUUCAAAUGUUCAGGUUGUGCAGUUACCAUACCGCAUGGGGUGUAUAGGUACAAGGUCAGUGUUCGAGUCUAUGAUCACACCGGUCACGCUUCAUUCGUACUUUGGGGCCGAGAGUGUAAAGAAGUCUUGGGUGCAAAAAGAGAUGGACCCAAACUUCCUACCGCUUGAACUAAAUCGCUUCCUUGGUCAGAAGGGUUUGUUCCAUGUAGUGGUGAAGUCUGAAGUUGGGAGUCCAAGUUGGAAUGGACCGAGAGCUUUUGGGGUGAGGUCUUUAGUUACCGACCCUACGAUCUUGAGCAAGUAUGAACAUUUGGUUGUGAUUGAAGAUGAAGAAGCUGACAGAGAGAGUGAGUGUCUAUGGGCAUCUCUUGAGGAUUUGAGCCAAAAGGUGCAUGAAGUGGUAAGCUAAAACUUUAAUAAGUAUGUCCCCUAAUACUAUUUAUUGUUAUUACAUUACUAAGAUUUUUCAUUCUCUUAUAGAUUGGUUCCAAUGAUCCAAGUUCUGGCCAGAGUGUCUGUUGGGAAAAAUAUUAUAGAUUUUGAUGAUGAUGUAUUUAGAUUGUAAUAAGGACUUUAGGUCUCCCCCAAAUAUUUAAUGUAAUUUUUUCUUUUUAGAAAUAUUGUUAAAACCGAGUUUUUGAGAUUUCCAAUAAAGAUGUGAUAUUUUACUCUGUGGUUUGAUGUCAAUGUUUGGAGACUUAAUCAAAUUCAGUGAUAUGG